GGGAUGGCUUGCAAGCGACAUGCUGAAUGCAGCAUCAGCAGAUGAUCCACCUGCUGCAGAGUAGGCGUGUUGGCGCCCGUCUUCCAUGCUCUAGCGCCCACUCCUUCCAUCCGUAUGUCAACCACACUUCUCACACCGUCGUGCGUCCUCGACGCCUGACCUGCCCUCUGUUUGCUGCACCCCUCCGUUAGUCGCCCAAGCUUGUGCCGCCCUCCCACCUGUGACGCCUCCGUCCCGCGCAAGAAGAGACAACCCUUGUGCCGUUCGCAUGUCUUGGUAGCAACCUCUUGACAUCAACCAACAGCCAAGUGCAUGCGCGCUCCGGCGCAAUGCCUGACCGCAUAUGGGACGAAACCGUUGCGCUCGGCACGGCUCCCAUAUUCGACGAUGCUGUGUAUCUAGCCGAAGCCUUGGGCCUACCUAUAAAUCAGAAUGAGGACCAUCUCGACGCCGAGGUGGCGCUGCUUGCUCGCGAAUCUGGUAUCCCCGAUCCUUAUCGUUUCGUACCUCCGCCAGAAACUAUCUCUCGCGCAAUCUCGACUAUGACGCUGGAUAGCGAUCAGAGAAGUUCCAGAUCAAUUCACUCUCAAGAAACGCAGUCAACAAGCUUCACGUCCGCGCCUUCCCGAACUUCGAGGGACCAUAUUUUCUCCAGUGACGGCUCAACCACAAGAAGGGUACCUUCAGCACACCCACAGAUUACGUCACCUGUCGACAAGUCUCGAGGCUUCACUGACCGUCCCGAGUCUGAUGUUCAGUCAAGACAAUCAUCGACACUGUCCAUUACACCUUGCGCCAUCUCCAGCCCUGCCUCAUCACAGCAAGCGCAACCAAGGAGGAAGCGGGGCUCCGUCAUUUUAUCCAUGUUCAGAAGGGAUUCAGGUAGUACUUGCACCACGUCCGCCUCGCACCACGGACAUCACAGCAGGCCUCGAGGCGCAAAGCUGGUAUGCGGUCACAUGUUGUCCGACUUUGACGUUCGAGCACAUAUACAGGAGGCAUCAAAGAGAGGCGCACACGUAGCGCCCGAUUGCUGUGGAAGCGCAAUACCGCAGUCCAUUUUGGAGCGCGUCCAAGCAAAAGACAAUCCGGGGGGGCUUGCUAUGGAGACUGCUACCGAGCUGCCCGACCCUCUUUCCCGCGACUCUGGCUACUGCGAAAUUGUGACGUCAACUGCUGACAGUUCAUAUUCCACAAAUGGCCUUCCAAUUUCAGACAAAUCCCCCGCUUUGCCACAAUCUCCAAUGAGGCGCACCCGACACGAGGCGAUCAGCAUCGACUUGGCAUUAGCCAAAGAGGCUUUCACGAGUUACAGGACAAAACAGAAGGAAGAGCUUGCGCGUGUCUCGCUGUUCGAGUGCAGCCAAAGAAAAGCCUUGUCAGCAUACCAAUAUUGUUCAAUGCAGCAACUGGAAGCGCAAUGUAAGAUUGAUAGGGGCGAACGGAUCGAACAGCACAAUGAGGACCUAGAGCGAUUAGAAGAACGACAACUUCUCGCUGAACACGAUCUGCUAAAAGCACAAGCUCAGGAGACACAGAACGUAGCAACGGCACUAAAGUAUAUCGAGGCGUAUUGCCUGGGUACGAUGAGCAACCAAGAGCGUGUGCAUACUGUGUCGGAGGAAGACUUGAAGAAGCUGGACCACCAAAGACUGAUCCAACAGGAUCUUCCCAGAAGACACGCGAGUGCAAUCAACGUCUUACGAGCAAGGCAAGAGAUGGACACCGCACGAAGACUAGAAGCACAGGAAGCAGAGCUACAGCAACUAGACACUGAGCACGAGAAAAAGAAGUUUGCAAAAGAGGUGGAAUACCAGAACGAGCUGGAAAGGCUUGGCACCCUCAUUGAAUUAAGAAGAAAGAGGCUUCUACGAAGGUGGGAUCUCAGGUUUGAAAUAUGGCGGCGAGACUGGGAAGCGCAACACAACACGACUCUGACAGCAGAACUCGAACACGAAGACUGGCCAUCUCGCAAAGCAGAUCAUACAAUCUCAAUACCCGAAGCAAGUUUGCUAGCUCAGUACAUCAAGGCCGCGGUAUGAUGCGACGGCCUCGGUUGCUCUUGAUUUCUGAGACAUCGCACUUUCCGUGUGUGCGAUGUCUGUUCGUCCCACUGACGUCGAUUUGGGGAGCACCAUCAUUAUCGUCAUUAUUUUACAGCGUAGCGAGGCGUUUACUUGGACUCCGAUGCUCAGACGCGGAGUCGUUUUCCAUCUUUUGCAGCAUUGGCGAGUUCACAUCUUCGCGGCUAUAUACCCUUUUUGCACCUUUGCGAACACGCAUUUUCUUCAUACGGUUUUUAAGAUGUUGCCACGACGAGAGAUGCUCCGCUUGUAUGUAACAGACCAAUCUUGUUUGAUUGGAUAACUAGAUAUACGUUAUAUUGUAAUAAGAUAAUUUACAAUGAAGUUUGCAGCCACUGAACCCAUGGUCACUGACAAGCCAAAAUGUAAAUGUGAUGAUAU